UCACGGCUGUCAUUUCAUUAGUUCUUAAAUUACAUUUUUAUUACUAUAAUUUAAUUAAAACACUACUUAAAAACUAAAAUUGUAAUUGAAUUAUCAUCUGGUUAUAUGAAAAUAUUAGGCAUUUGGCGGGAAAUCUAUUCUUAUCAAUCAUAGAGUUACAUGUAACUUUUAUGUAUUAAUACAUAAUGGACAAAAGAAACCAACAUAAAGGUCCACCAGCAAAAAGAUUUAAAUCUCGUGAUGAUGACGAAUAUAAUGAUGACAUGCCAUGUACUUUUGAAGAACAACUGGCUGGAAUGGAAUGUGAGUUUGACUCACAAGAAUGUAUCGGUGAAGGACCUGAAAAUCAAAUUACAAAUAUGAAGUGGUCUCGACCUUCACCGCCAGAUUUAAACCCAAAAAAAGAUGUAUUAGUUUUCCAACAACUGGAUAUAGAUCACUAUAAUGGCCAACCAGUUCAAGGUAUGCCUGGCUCACAACUAGGUCCUGUUCCUAUUAUGAGAAUGUAUGGAAUUACAAUACAAGGAAAUUCUGUUUGCUGUCAUGUUCAUGGAUUUACUCCCUAUUUUUAUGUGACUGUGCCUACAAAUUUCACAGAAUCUUCCUGCAAAGAGCUAAAAUCAAAUUUAAGUAAAUGUUUAUUGGAAGAUUCGCGAUCAAAUAAGGACAAUAUAAAAGAACCCGUUCUGGAUGUACGACUUAUAAAUGCUCGCUCAAUUAUGUAUUAUAAAGGCAAUAAUGACAUGACAUUUGCAAAAAUUUCUGUGGCAUUGCCAAAAUUAAUAGCAGCUUCGAGAAGACUUAUUGAAAAUCAGCCAACAACAUUUGGAUUGAUGGAUCCAUCCUUUUAUGAGACAAAUAUUGAUUUUGAUGUACGUUUCAUGGUAGAUACUGAUGUUGUCGGCUGCAGCUGGAUUGAAUUACCUGUUGGAAAAUGGUUACUGAGGUCAAAAACUACUACUAUGAAACCAGAGUCCAGAUGUCAAAUAGAGGUAGAUGUUGCAUGGAAUGAAUUUAUUACCCAUCAACCAGAAGGAGAAUGGUCCAAAGUUGCUCCAAUCAGAAUAUUAAGUUUUGAUAUUGAGUGUGCGGGCAGAAAGGGUAUUUUUCCAGAACCGAAUCAUGACCCUGUUAUACAAAUUGCAUCUAUGGUAAUUAGACAAGGUGAGAAGGAACCAUAUCUCAGAAAUGUGUUCACCUUAAAUACAUGUGCUCCAAUAGUAGGAUCACAAGUACUCAGUUUUCAAUCUGAAGCAAAAAUGCUUGCUACAUGGGCUGACUUCUUUCGUGAAUUAGAUCCUGAUAUUAUAACUGGCUAUAAUAUUGGUAAUUUUGAUUGGCCAUAUCUAAUAAAUAGGGCAAAACAUUUGAAAGUUGACAAUUUUGAUUAUUUGGGACGCAUAAAGAAUAUAAGGUCUGUUAUCAAAGAUGUUGUGUUGCAGUCAAAACAAAUGGGGCGUAGAGAAAAUAAAAGUAUCAAUUUUGAAGGCAGAGUACCUUUUGACUUGCUACUGUUUCUCGUGCGUGAAUAUAAACUUCGGUCAUAUACAUUAAAUGCUGUAAGUUAUUACUUUCUACAAGAACAAAAAGAAGAUGUUCACCAUAGUAUUAUUAGUGAUUUGCAAAAUGAAAAUGAGCAAACAAGAAGAAGAUUAGCCAUGUAUUGUCUUAAAGAUGCAUAUUUGCCUUUAAAACUACUUAAUAAGUUAAUGUGUAUUGUAAAUUACAUGGAGAUGGCUAGAGUAACAGGAGUUUCUUUGUUAAGUUUGCUAACUAGAGGGCAGCAAAUAAAAGUAGUUAGUCAAUUAUUAAGAAAAGCUAAAGAUGCAGGAUAUUUAAUGCCAGCUCAUCAAGGGAAAGGAUCAGAUGAUCAGUUUGAAGGGGCAACUGUUAUUGAACCAAAAAAAGGAUAUUAUGCAGAUCCUAUAUCAACCCUGGAUUUUGCCUCUUUAUAUCCAAGCAUAAUGAUGGCCCAUAACUUAUGUUAUACUACCUUAGUGCCACCAACUAUGCAGAAAGAUAUGAAUAUUAAUGAUGUAACUAUAACACCCUCUAAAAAUAUGUUUGUGAAAGCAAAUGUCAGAAAGGGUCUAUUACCUGAGAUUUUGGAAUCAUUACUUGCUGCUAGAAAAAAAGCAAAGGCAGAAUUAAAGGAAGAAAAAGAUCCUUUCAAAAGAUCUGUCUUAGAUGGUCGUCAACUUGCACUAAAAAUCAGCGCUAAUUCCGUGUAUGGUUUUACAGGAGCUCAAGUGGGCAAAUUGCCUUGUCUUGAAAUUUCUGGCAGUGUCACAGCUUAUGGUCGGACCAUGAUAGAAUUCACCAAAACUGAAGUUGAGAAGAGGUACACAAAAGCUAAUGGAUAUAAAGAAGAUGCUAUUGUCAUUUAUGGAGAUACAGAUUCUGUCAUGGUAAAAUUUGGUGUAAAAUCCUUAGAGGAGAGUAUGGAAUUAGGUAAAGAUGCUGCAGAAUUUGUUUCAACUAAGUUUGUAAAACCCAUAAAAUUAGAAUUUGAAAAAGUAUAUUAUCCAUAUUUACUUAUAAACAAAAAGAGAUAUGCUGGCUUGUACUUCACAAAACCAGAAAAAUAUGAUAAAAUGGAUUGCAAGGGAAUUGAAACAGUUAGACGAGAUAACUGUCCUUUAGUUUCCAAUAUGAUGAGUACAUGCCUCCAGAAGUUGCUUAUAGAUAGAGAUCCAGAUGGUGCACUUAGAUAUGCUAAGCAAGUAAUAGCAGAUUUAUUAUGUAAUCGCAUUGAUAUAUCUCAACUUGUAAUCACAAAAGAAUUAACCAAAAAUGACUAUGCAGCGAAACAAGCCCAUGUAGAAUUAGCAAACAAAAUGAAAAAACGUGAUCCUGGUACAGCACCUAAAUUAGGAGAUAGAGUACCUUAUGUGCUGUGUUCUGCUGCAAAAAAUACGCCCGCCUACAUGAAAGCGGAAGAUCCAAUUUAUGUAUUGGAAAAUAGUGUACCUAUUGAUUUCAACUAUUAUAUGGAAAACCAAUUAGCAAAACCGCUUCUUAGAAUUUUUGAGCCAAUACUUGGUGAAAAGGCAGAAUCACUUUUGUUGAAAGGAGAACACACUAGAACUAAAGCUAUGGUAACCUCUAAAGUUGGUGCACUUGCUGCAUUUACAAAGAAAAAAGAAAAAUGCAUUGGAUGCAAAUCUAUAAUGCCUAAUGAUGCAACCAAAGCUCUGUGUAAUCAUUGUUUAGAUAAGGAAGGUCAAUUGUACAUAACAGAAAUUUUUAAAUUAAGAGAACUUCAAGACAAAUUUUCAAGACUUUGGACAGAAUGUCAAAGAUGCCAGGGAAGUUUACAUGAGGAAGUCCUUUGCACAAAUAGAGAUUGUACUAUAUUUUACAUGCGAAAGAAAAUAGGAAUGGAACUUGACACUCAAGAAAAGAAUAUUCUAAGAUUUGGUGAACCAAUUUGGUGAAUUUGAA